UCGCAGCCAGCCGCUGCCGUGCGGCCGGGGAGACCCAGGGCUGGGGCGGCUUUCCGAGAGAACGUUGAGGGGACGUCCCGCUCGCAGAGCUUGCCGAAGAUCUCGGCCGGGCGGCUGGCGACCACUUCGGGGUCAUCCUACGGCAGCGGCACCCGGAUGAUGCACCGCACCAGCAGCAAGAGGCCAGAGGACAUGCCCGCCGCUGGCUCCAAGUCCGGCUUCCCUCUGGCGUACGACUUCUUGACCAAGUUCGACGACAAGCCAGGCCGCUCCCGCAACAACAACACUGGCUUGAUGCGCCACCAGAUAGCCCGCACGGACUGGGCCACCAUGAAGUACGACACCAAUUGGCACGCUCAUUCCGAUAUCCCGAGGCCCCACAACGCUUCGGACUACACGGGCUACCCCAAGCUCCUAUUUGGUUGAGCGCGCCACCCGAGUAGAUUGCCUGAGAUUGGCGGAGGGACCCGACAACGCCGAAAGCAUUCGGGGCAUCCACGCAGAUGCGUAGGUGCAACCCGAGUAGGCAAGGGCCGUUUGCCGCUUGAGUCUGUGACCAAA